AGGGGAUAGAGGCUGCGAGUGAAGGCGCAGUGUUGGCUUUAAUAGGAGGGAAAUCUAAAUAUACACCAAACAUGUUGCUUUUUAGGCUACUCGACUGCAUUGUGGGAAAAAAAUCGUUUUAAUUAGGUAUGAUGCAUCUUUCCUCUGAUGCAAAUGCCAGUCAUGCUCACUCCACAGAGGCAGGCGUGGAACAUUCUUUGUGUGGUUUUGAUCAGCACAGCAGGAGGCCAUCUUGCAGAAGACAUCCCCUGUCCAAAAGGUGGUCAGAUCCACCUGCCGAGCCUGCGAUGCUUCUGGCUUUCUAAAAAGACGUCCUCAUGGUCCGAAGCUUUGAAUUCCUGUCUGCAGACUCAUGGCGGAGACGUGGCAGCUGCUGAUUUGGAUUUGCAAAAUUUCAUCCAGCACUCUUUCCCAGUAAAAGGCUCUGUGUGGGUUUGGCUGAAGGGAACAAGGGUAGAAGGGCCAAACGAGGGUGGGCUUGUGGAGUCAGCAACUCCUUCAUGGACGGAUGGAGGCAUCAGGGAAAAACUGGAAGUGUGUCCUCAGAUGGCUUUGGGAACACCUGGACAAUGGAGGACAACCCCUUGUAGUAAACAACACCACUUCUUCUGUGAAAACCAAUUAAAUGAAUAUUUACCAGAAGUAGACAGCUACCUUGUGGGAGUGGUUCUGAUGACUGGCAUCUACCAUCAGUUCCAGAUCGAGCCCCUCCCCACUAUCCCAGACAGUGAACAACAUGCAGUGGAGAUGCAGUUGUUCCCAGGUCUGUGGUUCAGCCAUGCAGGUCAACUGACAUCACUGGAACUCGUAAUCCAGCCCAGCCCGACGUCCUCUCUGGUCCGGGUCCAAAUCCUUCGACCCUACUGCAGCCCCAGCCACCACCUAGUACCUCCAGGUUGCAGCUCCCUACUGAAUCCAUUCAGCUGCUGCUCGGCGGUUCCGCUGUGCAACACAACAGGGGGUUGCAGCGUGGGCCAGUAUUGGUGUCACACUCUGGAAGCUUGCCUCCCCAACAGCAGUCCAUGUAGCCCCUACCUCUCAGCAGCAGGGGUCAGCCGCUUUGCGUUACCUCCCAGAUACUCAUCAAUACCUCCCUUUUACCACUUGGUGGCAGACUUACCUUUGAGAAUACGAUCUUUGUCUGACCUGGAAACUUUAAGCGUGCUUCUUCCAGAGGAAGCCAUCACAGUGUACCCUGAUGAUAUUGUUGCCAUUCAACACACUCGUAAACCUGGGACUUUCCUGCAUUGCCUUUCAAAUGAGGCGUCCUUAAAUUCACCAUGGAGACAGAGUUAUAUGUCUCUUCAGGGGACAGCGUGGGGCGGCUGGUGGGAGGGCGGUCUUACUUCCAUGCCCAAAGGUGGCCACUGGGUAGAUGGGGUGGUGUGCAAUCUGAGACUGCUUUACACAGACACCCUUCACGGUACCGAGGAGAUGUUUGGCCGUACAGAAACAACCGCACCUUCUUACAUGAAGGCUCUGACGCCGAGUGUGAGCUCUUCAUUUGGGCUAAGCAUCAUCCACCCUCCACUGGAUGAAAAGAACCAGAUCCACCUUCAAAUUAACGUCUCAACUCUCAUGGUGGUCAAGGUUCUAAGAGGAGAAAACGCCAGGUGUUCAUGGUCGGCCCCGGUGCUUCAAACUGGACUCACCUUCACCCCAUCUUGCACCGAAGCUCUGCCUGAAUGCACCAAUUAUGGGGCUGCAUGGUUCUCCUCCGUGACUCUCCUCUUACCCUCGGUGGGGGUUCAGACGCUGACCAUCAGUGUGACGGAUGCUGUUGGUGCUCAGAGUUUGAAUGUGACGCUGCGUGGCUAUGAAGGUGUGUCCGGGCUUAGCGUGGAGCCAAGUGAACACCACAGGAUGCUUGUGGACAUCCCCCAGUCCUUUUCAGCCAAAGUGGAGAGUGGCUCAUCAGUAACAUUCUCAUGGGUGAUCGACAACCUGGAGACGUUUGCAUAUGAAGGAGAAUCUUAUAGUGUCGUGUUCAAGAAAGCGGCUGAGUACAAGCUAAAGGUAACGGCAUCCAACCCUGUGAGCUCCCAGAGCAAACAGCUGCUCCUGACUGCAGAUGAAAUGAUCCCACUUGGUGAGCCAGAGUUUCUAUUUGUCAGGGAGGUUGUAGCCGUGGCUGAGAUACACAUCUACACUCUCAAGGUCAAAGUGGACAUCGCUUUGGCAGCCACCUCCAGAUGGGAUUUUGGAGACGGUAGCAGCCGUGUUAUCCAUACUGAGCCCGCUCCAUGUGAGACAUUGGAGGGGCCUGCUGACCGAAGGGAGAAGCAAGUGUAUGUGCAGCACUCUGUGAACUUUACCUAUUCUACACAAGGUGACUACACACUUCAAGUGGAAGUCUUUAACAAAUACGAAAAAGUGCAAAAGUCUACCAAGAUAUGCGUCCGUACCCUGUUAAAACACCUGUUUCUUGACUCCUCCCCUCUGGUGCCCCUUGUGGGCCAGACUUUUCACUUGGAAGCCACCACUGAUCCCGCCUCCAACAACAUCAUCUUCACAUGGGAUUUUGGUGACAAGUCCGAAGCUGUCCAAGGCGCCGAUCGUAAAGUUGAACACACCUUUACAUGUCCUGGAGUUUACAACAUCAGUCUGUGUGCCAGCAACACUCUUUCUGUGCUUAACACCUGGCUCAUGGUGGAAGUCAUGGAAGAAAUAUCAGGCCUAGAUGUCAGCUACAACGGACCCAGCGAGUUGGGCGCUGUUACAGAUUUCAGAGCUAAAGUCGCAACGGGUACGACGCUCAUCUGGGAUUUUGACUUUGGCGAUGGAGCUAAGCAGGGAAACCUUACAGAUGGCUCAGUUUCUCAUAUCUAUGAGUUUCCUGGAAACUAUACAGUGGGGGUAACUGUUUCUAAUUCUGUCAGCCAUGGCCACAAGUUCAUCGGUGUGGUAGUCUAUAGAUUGGCUAUUGUUGGAAUGCUGCCUGCCGAGUGUAUCACUAGUGGUAGAAACACAGAGUUUACUGCUUUGGUCAGUGGAAAUGUAUCCAUACUGGCUUUCCAUUGGCUAUUUGGUGAUGAAUUGCCUGUAGUUGUUGUGGAAGGGCGGUCCACAGCCAUGCACACCUUUUCUAGUCCAGGCACUUACAAUGUUAACUUAACUGUGCAUAGCUCUAUUAGCACUGUGCCAUACAAUAGCACUGUCUGUGUUGAAACACCAGUAACUGACAUGUCAGUGCAGUCAUCUCAUCAUAUAGCAGCCACUGGAGAUGAAGUUUGUUUCAAUGUGUUGUUCUCUCCAGAAGAGGCAACAAAUUGUCAAUUUAAGUGGUUCAGCAGCUCUUCCAGUCAAGCAGCGGUGACAGAAACUGCUCUGAAGUGUUUUACCUUCGAAGACGAAGGAGUUCAAGAGGUAUCUGUAACAGUGAGUAAUAAAGUGAGCAGCAAAACGGCCAACACUAGCAUCACCAUUCAGAAACCUGUCAGUAAUUUCUCUCCGGUGGGAGGUAGUGAGACUGUGACUGUCAAUACAUCAGCCUCCUUUUGGGUCGCGAGUUGCUCCGGCAGCAACGUGUCGGUGCUGUGGGAUUUCGGUGAUGGUUUCCAAGCAGAACAGAAGCAAAACAUCUUGCAUGUCUUUACUGCAACGGGUGAAUAUACUGUGAAUGCCACUGCCUUUAAUGCAAUAAGCCAGGAAUCUGUGACCCUAAAAGUGAAUGUGUUGCAUCCUGUUUCAGACUUUAGCCUGCAAACCAACCAGCCUUAUGGUGUGGUUGGAGAAGAGGCAGUUAUUACAGCAGCUAGCAGUGAUCAUAGCAGCACUACCUACUUUUGGACAGUGGACGGUUUAGCUACAACCCAACAGGGGACCUAUCAGUUUAGAUUUGUUUUCCCCAAGGCAGCAGUAUAUCAAGUGCGAGCAGUAGCUCAGAACAUGGUAAGCAGACGGGAGGCAUCCAUUUCAGUUGAAGUGUUUGAGAGAAUAGAAGGCCUUCGCGUUGAUUGUUCGAGAUUGAUAAACAUGACAUACUUACCAACUCAAGAGGAGGUGGUGUUUGUUGCGACAGUCACAAAAGGCUCCAAUGUGACAUAUCGGUGGCUUGCUACUCAAAGUGAAAGGAAGUCUCAAAUGACAGCAGAAGGGGAACAUUUUCACUUGGUGGUUGAAAGACCUAGUAAGUUGUCAAUUCAGUUGAACGCCUCUAACAACUUGUGCGAGACCACCAGCAUCACUUCUGUUGUGGCUGUAGAACGUGUAACACGCGCACACGUAACUACGCCAUCACAUUUGGUGGCAGUGGGGAAGCUGGUCAAUAUUUCGGUGUCUGUCCUCAAUGGUUCUGACCUCAAGUAUUUUUGGUUUGUGGACCCUGAUCUUCCACCCGUUGAGACAAACACCCCGUAUCUUCUUCACAGGUUUUUGAGCUCAGGGGAUUGUUUUCUCCAAGUUAUAGUUCAGAACACCAUCAGUUGGAGUAAUGACACCAAGCAUUUUAUUGUGCAAGAGGAGGUGCAAGAGGUGGACUUUAGAAUAGGAGAAAAGAUGCUUCCGUUUUACAUAAGGACAAAUGCUGUUGUGUCUUUCCAGGGUGUUGUUCACAAAGGUAGUGAUCUGCGCUGGUUUUGGAAAAUUAAGGAUGUCAUGACUGACCUUUUUUACGCAACCAACAAAACAUUCAUCUACAUUUUUCCCCAUGGAGGCGUUUACAAGGUGUCUUUAAAUGUCUCCAAUGCAGUAAAUUGGCUGGAAGUUUCACACAAUGUGUUUGUCCAGGAUAAAAUUGAAGGUCUCAUUCUGAACAUUAGCAAGCAUACUCUUUGCACAGAGGAAGACGUUACCUUUAGGUCAACCAUCAGCAAAGGGAGCAAUGUAAGCUUUGGUUUAACAUUUGAAAAUAAAGACUGGAUGCAUAGUCAGGAUGUGGUCGAGGGAUUGUUCACGACAUCAAUCCUUCCAACGGGGACAAAUUUUGUUAAAUUAAGAGCUUGGAAUCAGGUCAGUAGUGCACAGGUGUCAAACAAAGUUCGGAUAAUUGAGAAUAUUAAAACUUUGCAACUUUUAAGUCCUUCCCAGCAUGCCAUAGAGGCCCUGAAAGAGAUCCGUUUUGUAGUGGAUGAGCAACAUGGGUUUCCAGUCAACUAUACUUGGAUAUUUCACAUAGGUAGUACUAAGAUGGUGCUCACUGGAAAAGAAGUUGUUUUGACUCCAACGUUGAGUGGUUCAUUAUCAGUCUCUCUGCUUGCAAGUAAUGGUGUCUGCUCCAAGAUGCUCAACAAGACUCUGACAGUUGAAUUCCCUGUUCAGGAGGUACAGAUUGUUUGUCACUCAGAACGAAUAUUUACUGGACAUGCAGUGACAUUUUCUGCCAAAGUUAGUGAAGGGACCAACCUUAGGUAUUUGUGGGAAUUUGGAGACUUCGUUGAAUAUUUACGUUUAGGUACAGUCAAUCAUACCUUUGGCGAGGCUGGGGUGUACGUUGUUAUGGUCAACAUCUCCAACAGUGUGAGCCACAUGUCCACGCAACUACGUGUAAUGGUGGAGGUGUUGGAGUGUUCUUCUCCUCAAGCAUCUCUUGUCCAGAGCCAGACAACUAUCUUAAGAUCUAGAAUGACCUUAUUUGAAGCAAGUGUGUACAUGAACUGCUCUGCCUACAAGGCCACAUACCAAUGGGAGCUGUUCAGACUGUCCGAUUGUCCAAAUGGAAAUAUCACUGGGAACCUUCUCAAUAGUACAGCUUCACCAUUGCUCUUGCUCCCAAAGCAUUCUCUCGAUGUGGGGCAGUAUUGCCUCCUCUUCACCGUAGCGCUCCAAGGAACUCCUCUUCACGUGCAAAGAAGGACUACAGUCACUGUAGUCCAUUCUCCGUUGGUGGCUGUCAUCAAAGGAGGUUCACAUAGACUCUGGCCGAGCCCCAGUGAUCUUGUCCUGGAUGGAAGUGGGUCUCACGAUCCGGAUUCAGAGACAGGAAGGGAUGAUAUGCUACAAUACCACUGGGCCUACAACACAGAGAAUUCCACAAACCGUUUUGACAGUCACGGUAGUAUUGUGACUAUACCCAGCAAAAAGUUACACCCAGGCAGCAGCUAUACCUUCACCUUAACUGUACACAAGGCCGGAAGAACACCAGCAUCCUUCACACAGACAGUAACAGUGAGUGACAUCCUACUGCUUCCUGUGUUUGUGGAAUGUGUUUCCUGUUCUAGCCACACCACCAUCAGCCUAGCUGGACAUUGUACAGGGUGUGAUGAAGUUCAGUAUAAAUGGAGCGCUGAGGAUGAAACCGGCUCAAUCCUUAACCUCGACAAGGUUACUGCCUCUACAGGAAGACUCUCCUCUAAACUGGUACUGCGCUCAGACGUGGUGCUGCCUGGGAAGAUUUAUACCUUCACUGUCAAUGUGACUGAGCCUAGCAGUGGGAGGUGGGGCAGCGCCAGUCAGGUAAUGGCACCUAACAAGCCACCUUAUGGAGGUCUGUGUGAGUUAAACCCAGAGUCAGACGUUCAUCUGCUGGACACGGUGGUCACCUUCAACUGCUCAGGGUGGAGAGAUGAUGACAGCACGGCCUCUGAGCUCAUCUAUACCUUCCAGGUGGCACCAUGCCAUCCCACUACGUGCUCUCUUGUCACUUUGUACAAGGGUACUCGGUCAAGUUUUGGCAGCAUGGUUCCAGUGGGGAGUCCCGUGCACGGACAAAACAAGUCACUCAUCACAGUUACUUUGCUCAUAGAAGGCAAUGUCGGAACACAAGUCAUUGCUCUAAACAGAACUUUGACUGUUCACACUCAAGUGAAUGCCAGUGACUGGCUCCGAACCAAGAGCCAGACAGAGUUGUGGACCUUAGUCCAGCAUGGCAACCCUCAGGAGAUCAUCCCAUACUCCAUUGCACUCACCAGUCAACUCAAUCAGAUUACGCCUGGACAAAAUACCAGAGAGUUGACAAUAAAGAGGGAGAUUAGAGAGAAUGUUACAAAAGCUUUGGUCUCUCUUCCCAUUUCUUCCCUGAUGGACGUUGAUCAGAUCAGCUCAGCUUUAGCCCAGUCAACUGCUGUCCCUGCUGAGUUGGUGUGUGACGGCUGUCAGGAGAAGGUUCUUGAAGCAGUCGGGAAGAUGAUCGGCAUGAUGGAGGAACACGCGAGCCAUGAUGUUUUGUCAGUGUUUGACACCGGGAGGAACAUCCUUAACAUCAUAGGUAGCUCCCUGACUGCCUUGUCUCUAUCAGUCAGUGCCCCAAGUUCUCAGCAAAACCACUCAAGAACUCCAGGGGCAGCUUCAAUCAUCACCUUGUCCGCGCUGCACAAUGCAGGGACCUUAAUGCGCGCCCUGAUACACGGUGCUGGCGAGGUGCCCCUUUCAUUCCUCACACCUUAUAUCAGUACACUCGGCUUCCAUGGCGACCCCUCCAACCUUCUCUGCUCUAAGCAGUCAAACCAGUCCAACCACACGAUCUUCAGGCCAUCAAGUACAUCGUGUCCAUUUCAUAUCCCAGCCACACUCACUACUCUUCUGAAGAGUCAGCGCUCAGAGCUGGUGCAGGUCGUUUUGGGUCUGGAUGAGUCUCACUCUUUACUGUCUGCAGCCAACCCUCCUAUCUCUACCUCUCUGGUCUCCAUGGAGAUCACCACACCUCAGGGCGAGCCAGUACCCAUCCAGGAUUUGGACCCUGAACAAGCCAUACAGGUCACCCUGCACAACAAGCAUCCUGUGGAACAAGGCGACAGAGGUAGUAACAAUGAGAGAAAUGAUGGACACGCUAAUGGUACAUGUCCUACUGUAGCGCUGCCACCAGAGGGACGUCUAAACUUCACAAUAAAAUCUGUGGAUGGCAUGGAUGAGAACGCAGGCUUAUAUAUCUCCUUCAACUUCAGCCUGGUACCAGGUUAUACUUCAGUGACAUUGGGACAUAUUAGGAUAGAAAUGACAAGCGGAUUCCAGGAUUCCCUCAUAAAAGAGUGGCCCAUCAAUCUUUCUGCUCUGAACACCUUCACAGAGAAAACCGUCUUUCUGUCGCCGCUUUUGAACCGGACAGAGAAGACACUCGCUGUCAACCUGACCUCAUCUGUCGUGGAGGGUGGGCCUCUCCGUGUGUCUUUGUGCGUGUUCAGCUCCCUGUGCCAGUACUACAGUGUCAAGGAGAGGAGUUGGAGUAGUGAGGGUCUCACUCCACUGGAGGGUAGCACACUCCAAACAGUGCACUGUCUGACACGCCACCUGACCAUGUUUGGGGCCAGUUUGUUUGUUCAUCCUUGGGCCGUUGUGCUGUUGCCGCCUUCAGGUGGCCCCAUGCUUAAUGUGGUAGCAGGGAUUAUAUGUGCUGUUCUGAUAUUGAUUCAUUUACUGGUGGGACUCAUUGCCCACAAACUAGACCACCUGGACAGCCUGAGGAAAAGCCAAGUGCCUCUGUGUGGUCGUUCUGGAUUAUACCACUACAGAGUGCUGGUCAAGACUGGCUGGAGGCAUGGAGCAGGCACAACAGCACAUGUUGGCAUCAGUCUGUACGGUGUCAACAAGAGCGGCUCCCGUCAUCUGCAAAAGGAUGGAGCUUUUCAACGUGGCAGCCUAGACCAGUUUCACUUAGAGACAGAUGACAACUUAGGGGAAGUUUGGAAAAUUCGGAUCUGGCACGACAACACAGGCUUGGACCCAUCGUGGUAUGUUCAGCAUGUGGUGGUCUGGGAUCCUGUGACGGACCACAUGUUCUUCUUCCUGGUGGAGGACUGGCUCUCUGUGGAGAAUCAAAAGAAUGGUACAGUGGAGAAAGAAAUUCUUGCAUCAUGUCCUGAAGAGCUUACUCAGUUUCAACGAAUCCUGUCCUCCCAGCUUCUUUUUGGGAUGCUGGAGCGCCACCUCUGGUUGUCGUUAUGGGAACGCCCUGUCCACAGUCGUUUCACCAGGUCUCAGAGGGUUACCUGCAGUGCCCUGAUGCUGCACCUAUACCUCGCACUGUGCUCUCUGUGGUACGGGGCUGUUGGCUCCCAGGGGCAUAGUGGACCAGUGUCGACCAAACUGUUGGUAAAUAUGGAGACAGUUGCUGUUGGGAUGGUCGUCGCUGUUCUUCUGUUUCCUCUCCAGUGUUUGAUCUGCUUUCUGUUUAGAAAAGCCCAAAGCAAGGUAAUCGAGGACAUGUCAGUUUCUCCCUCACCAGUUUGUCAUUCUGUGGAGAUGGACGUCUACCUCGGCCAAUCAGCGCUAUCAGGCCCGUCUUUCUUAUCUCUGUCUGAAUCCUCCAGCCAAGUCAGAGACAGUCCCUCAUCAUUACUGGAGAGCAAAGCCUUUGACUCCAGCAUCCUGGACUUCUGGGCCGCCUCUGGUUUGGUGCCUCAGACAGACAGAGCAGUUCACGAAGAAAACACGGCUUCCUGGACAUCUUGUGACAGCCUGCUGAAAGAGUCUGAAGCCCCCGACCCCUGCGAAAACUCGCUUGAUGCGUUUCCAACUCGCCAGCUAAGGAGGAAAAAGGCUCACAUGCAGCUUCACCUGACACCGCCUUCCUCCUCUGACCCACCUGCUACCAAACACACUACAUACUCUAAUCCAUGCUUGCCUGCACAGGACCAGUAUGGUCUUUCUACAAAUGCUCACAAUCACAGUAUUCAGACCUUUUUGACUCUGUCUGAGGAGAAUCUGCUGAUGUCGAUAGAAGCAGCGACAGGAGACACUGUCUGUUUGACCAAAAGCAACUCAGAUAGCGGCAGGGACUCCCCGACGACCACUUCCCCAUUCUCAAACACCCAGAGCACCUCAUGCAGCAGCUGGCCCGAUCAUGACGAAGAUAAAAACCUUCACGAGUCUGAGUUCUUCAAUAUUGGGCCACAUGCGUGUCCCUCCCCAUAUGAGAACAAACUCUACAAAUGUCCGUCUGUACUAUCAGUUGACUCGGUGGCCAGCACCUUCUUGCCAAGUCCUUCCCCUGACUGGACAAGAUCCUCUUCCACCACACGCAUUGGCAUCGCUCGAGCUCAACCCAGCUGGCUCUUUCCUCCCUGGGUGCUGUGCAUGGUCUACCCCCUAGUGGCCGUGCUGAUCGGAGCCUGCCUAGCUCUUGUCGGAAUCUACGGCAGCCUCUUCUCCAGAACAGUCGUCCUCAUGUGGCUGAUAUCAGCGCUUUCUGCCUUGCUCACCUCUGCUCUCCUGCUGGAGCCUCUCAAAGUUUGCGUGCAGGCCUUGAUCUACACUAUAGUUUGGCGACCUGUGGAUCCGCAGGUAGAGGACCAGCUGGCUCAGGAGACCACAGUGGUGAAAGCAUCUGGAGAACACAGUGGGAAAGUUCACCCGCCAUGCGGCUACGGGCUGUUGCAGGCUAAGGAGGAGGCUCGUAAAAUUUGUGCACUGAGGUCACUCAUGAGGCACUGUGUGUACCAGCUGCUGUUUCUGUUGCUGGUGCUCCUGGUGAACUACCAGGGCAGUGUGGAACUAAGGCAGGGCAGGUUGUUGCACUCUGCUGUUAGACGGCAACUUCACGCUGCUCCCUCGGGGGUCCCCAACUUCACAUCGAUCAUAAGCUGGUCAGAUGCAGAGCAGUGGAUGAACACCACCUUGGUUACACACAUGUACCACAACCCUGUGCUGCACCUUGUUGGGUUGCCUCGGCUCCAGUAUGCACACACACCGAGCUGGGCAGAGGUGUUCGUUUUGGGAAACAGCAGCAUGGUGACCCGACGGUUUCUGUCUGACCUUCACAUGGGAGGCUUUUACACUAAACAGUUCAAAACUGUCUCUUUGGAUUUUACACAGUACCACAGAGAGUCUGGUUUAUUUCUCUGUGCGUCCAUUCAACUAGAUCAGGCACAAAGAGUCACUUCCUCCCUCUCUAUUCAUCCACUUCUCAUCCCGUCAUCUCACAAAGGCUUGGACCUUCAUCUGGUUCUGACGGUUCUCCUUCUCAGCUCUUCUCUCCUCAUCUUGUUUGGGGAAGUGCGGUCCAUGGCUACUGAGCGUGCUCAGUAUCUGUGUGAAGGCAAACACUGGCUACAGCUGCUUCUGGCUGCAUUAUCACUGGCGACGAGUGUUCUCCAGCUCUGCUUUCUGUCUCAGGUCACGUCUUGUCUUUCCCAGCUGCGGUCCCAGCCCAACAGCUUCAUUAACUUCCACGGCCCUGCUCUACUGACUCAGAGGUCUUCCCAAUGUGCGGCUAUCUUGCUCACUCUUCUGGUUCUGAAGCUGUUGGGAACCUUAAGGUUUGUUCAGAGGUGGAUUGUGAUCAUCAGAGUCCUGCAAAGAGCUUGGAAGGAGUUGUGGGCCUUAAAUUUCCUCUUGCUGCUACUGCUGUUGUUCUGUACUCACCUCAGCAAUACGCUCUUCUCACACUCAGUGGAAGGGUUUCUGUCCAUGCGUCAGGCUGUAGUGUCAUUGCUGUCCAUCCUGCGCGGCCGGAUCGGCCUGCAAAGACUAUGCAGUGUCCACCCAGUCCUCGGGCCCCUCUAUGGCCUGUUAUUGAUGGGGGCUGGUCUCUGGCUUUUGGCCAAACUCUUUGGAGUUGCUCUCAUCCGUGCAUACAGGGCUGAAAAAGCAGACAUUUAUCGUCCAAAAACAGAACCUCAGGACUAUGAGAUGGUGGAGUUCUUCAUCAAGAGACUCAAGCUUUGGAUUGGGCUCACCAAGGCUAAAGAAUUCAGGCACAAGGUGAAGUUUGAAGGCAUGGACGUUCCUCCGUCCAGGGCUUCCCGAGAAUCCCGUCUCUCGACUCUAUUUUCCUCCCUUCCCUCUUCUCAUUCGCCGUCCUCAUCUCCUUCCUUUUCUUCUCCUCGUCUGCUGUCAUCGUCACUUUCUACCAUGUCUGAAGACUCACUUUCUGAGCAGGGCUUUGAUGUCCAGCCCUUCUUGGACCACCUGCUGCCUUGUGUCAACGCCCUGCUGUCUCAGUUUGAUCGAGUCACGCAGAUAACUGAGGAUGUUAACAACCUGGAGACUGAACUUGAGGAGGCUCUGACCAGAAGAAAUAAAAGUAAGAUCAGUAACAAGGAGAAAAUUAAGGACAGAUUCCAAAAAUCUGCAAAUCCAAAGGACCAGGAAGGUGAUAGGACAACCGGUGAAGUCAGACGCAGGAGGACAGGUCUGCUCUACCCGAAUCCACAAAAAUCCCUUUCAACCAUGAUGCCUUUCACUCCUUCCACAAUCCACUCCCCUGCCACAUCGGUCCACAUCUUCCCUCGCACGCGUGGCUCCCACUCAGAGUGUGAAUCAGUGCAUUUCUGUGAGGCAUGGGAACCAAGUAAUCCUACAGUUGGAAGCUUUGGUCUGUAUCCUGUAACUUCUCCUGGUUUUGUCAGGUCCUUCAGAAGGAGAGCAUGGCAUUCUGGAAGCUCUCACUCGGCGGAUGCAGCUCAAAGGUUGUGGCAAAAACAGGGUGGAGUCGCCUUCACCUUCAUCAGACCAAAGAGUGAAGAGGGCGUAAGGAGACGUAUCAGUGACGGGGCCCCAAAAAAGAGGAAAGCUUGGAUCUCUGAAGAACCAGAGGUGGAGCAAGCAUAACCAUAUGUGGACUUCAGAAACUUUGCACGGCUUCAAGAGGACAUCUACCAACUACAUUGUGGUUGUCUAAGACCAUGCAUUUUAGUCUUCCAUGCAGUCCUGUUAACAUUCAGGAAAAUUAGUUUAUUUGGAACAUGCUUAACAUUAAGAAAAUUGGAUAUUUUCAUUUGCAAGAUUCAACGUGGUUGAAGAAGCGGAGCUUAGCCUUCACUGUAUCUCAACAAUUACUGAUAGUUUUUUCAAUUCCUGUGUUUAACAUGUUGCCAUCCGCACAUCUUCUACGCCGCUUAUCCUCACUAGGGUCGCGGGUAUGCUGGAGCUGACUUCCAGCUGACUUCGGCCGAGAGGUACAAUCGCCAGUAAAUGGCAGGGCACAUAUAGACAAACAAUCAUUCACACUUACAUUCAUGUCCUAUGUCCUAUGGACAAUUUAGAGUCACCAGUUAACCUAACAUGCAUGUUUUUUUUUUAAAUGUGGGAGGAAACCGCCGUACCCGGAGAAACCCACGCACGUACAGAACACGCAACAGAGAUUCGAACCCAGGCUUCCCGAUCUCCUGACUGUGUGUCCAACAUGCUAACCACUAGGACACCGUGCGGCCCUGACAUAUUCCCAUAUUACCAAAAUAAUAAUGUGUUAUAGUAAAGUUGAUAGUUUGUUGAUUGCUUAUUCAGCAUUGAAAAUACUAAAUACAUGAGUCAAAACUAUUAAGCAAUUGCUCUGAAGUUUGCUUAUUAGCAAUGGUUGUAAACACUUUACUUACUUAAUGAUGCUUUUUAUGCUUAAAAGUGUACAUAACACUGAGGACUUUCUCAGCAGAAUAAAGACAAGAGAUCACAUGGUCUCAAAUAAGUACCAAAAGUACGUUUUUUUCCCCCUUUUUACUUCCUAAAUACUGUAUAUGUAAUAAGAGGUUUAAAAAGUUUAUAAUCUAAUAAUAGAUAUAAUAAUAAUAAUAUUAUUAAUAGAGAAUAAACAUGAAGGCGUAAUCUGCCUAGACUGAAAAGAAAAUCAGACUGAAAUGAAAAAUACCAGCAACCA